AUGGAACCAGGGUUUGAGACACUACUAACCCUUACCGAUCUGAUUCUCCUCUCAACACCCUACCCCGCAAUAACGGCAAUAUACUGGCUAUUCACGGACGAAGCCAUUUCUUCUACCGCAGGUCUCCGCAAGGUUGGCAAGAGUGCUUGGAUCUGGCUGCCUCGCAUAUACCUCAUCUUGCGUAUGAUAAAUCUGGCUGAAGCCAUGGAAAGCCUCAUCCGAGAGAGCCUGAGUGAUCUCUCUCUUCCGUUCACAUGGCAAAAUCUCCCGUCGGCAAUUAAAGAUGCAGGCGUAAGGUGGGAGUUUUUAAAGGUACAGAAUCUUGUUCUCAGCAAAGUUUGGACCCCUACUACGGACAUUCUUUUGCUGUUCGGCAAUAGCUCCCUCUAUUCUGGAGCCAUAUGA